AUGGCUCCGGCAGUGGUAGAACCCGAUCAGCAAGCUACUCCCAGUCCUCCUGGUGGUAAAGUGAACUCCAAGCACGUCGACCUCUCCAUCUUCCCGGAUGGUAUCAAGACAUCUGGCCAGCAUGACCCUAUCUACGACCAAAUAGCCCCCUAUAGCGCAUUUCCCAAAGCAAUCCCGACCACCGCGCCGACAUACUGGGAAGCGCCUGACUAUGCUGGAAACCCCUCAUUAUGGCAACAUCCUUUAUCGUCUGAGGAACUCGCCUCGCUCUCUGCUGCAGCUGACGAUUUCAUGGCUCAAGAUCUGCCGCUGACCGCCAUCUCCCCAGCCAACUUUCGCCUCACUCAGCCCUUCAAAGAGGCUCUUGCAAGCAUGAGGAAUGAGCUACUGAACGGCAAGGGCUUCCUGCUUUACAAAGGCUUCCCCGUCAAUGAUUGGGGGGUUCACAAAUCUGGCGUCGCAUACUUCGGCCUAGGCAGUCACCUAGGUCUCCCAGUGUCGCAGAACGGCAAGGGGCAUAUUCUUGGACAUGUCAAAGAUUUAGGAGAUGACGCUGGCGCCGAAGAAACCCGUAUCUACCGUACGACGGCAAGGCAGUUCUUCCACGCUGACGAAUGUGAUAUCGUCGGUUUGCUGUGCUUGGCACGAGCAAUGGAGGGAGGUGAGAGUGAUAUCUCGUCCAGCCAUCGUGUGUGGAAUGUCCUACAACAGGAACGACCAGACGUGGCCGAGUUGUUGGCGCAACCGAUUUGGUAUUUUGAUCGCAAGGGUGAGGUCAGCAAAGGUCAAGCCGAGUGGAUACGUGCUCCGGUGUACUAUCUCGAGACUGCUGCCGACGGAAAAGAGCAAAGAGUGUACAGCAAAUGGGAUCCGUACUACGUGCGAUCACUCACGAGAUACUCUGACAAAGGUGUCAUUCCCCCACUUUCAGCUGCCCAGCUAGAGGCUAUCGACGUGCUGGAGGUGACAUGCCAGAGAGUGGCUCUACACAUGGUAUUGGAGGUGGGAGACAUUCAAUUCGUGGCCAAUUCCCACGUUUUCCAUGCCAGAACAGCCUAUACCGACCAUGCUCCAUAUACAGGGAAGCCGAGGAGACACCUAAUGAGAUUGUGGCUAGCAACAAGUGAGGAUGAGGGUGGCUGGCGGCUUCCUUUUCCCGACAGUAAAGAGAGGAAGCGGGGUGGCAUUCAAGUAGAUGACCAGGCACCCGCGGCAAAAUUGGACGCAGACUAG